AUGUCUUCAAUUUCAAUAUUAACCGAAGAAGAAAAAAAAUUAUUAAUUGAACAAGCUUUAAAUGCUCAACUUAAUUCAUAUUGCCCUUAUAGUAAUUUUGCUGUGGGUGCUGCUAUACUUAAUUCUGAUGGGGAAAUUUUUAAAGGAGUUAAUGUUGAAAAUGCUUCUUAUGGGGGCACAAUAUGUGCAGAACGAAGUGCAAUAUGCUCUGCCAUUAGUGCCAUUGGGUCUAAGAAAUUUUGUCCAAAAGGCCUUUGUGUUACAACGAAUCUACCAUACCCAGCUGCUCCGUGUGGCAUUUGUCGUCAAGUUUUGGGUGAAUUUGGGGAUUAUCCAAUUUUGCUUUAUUCGACAAAAACUAAGGAUUUAAAUAUUACAAGUAUUAGUGAACUUCUUCCUAUGGGGUUUUCAAAGAAGGAUAUUGACAAGCAUGAACAAAUGAAUAAAGAAUGA